AUGUUCGCAGCUAUCCAAGAUCUCCAGAGUCGCUUAACAUCUUCUAGCGUAUAUACGCCGGAUUCCGAAAAGUAUCAGGAGAGUCUUGUCCGCUGGUCGGACACGGGAAUCAAAGCUGCGGGGGUGGUAGUGCAACCAACCGAGGCAACAGAUAUCUCCAUCGCCCUUUUGUGGGCUCAGGAAAACAAUGUUGAUCUCGCGGUCAAGGGCGGCGGCCAUUCCACUGCCGGCACCAGCUCAAGUGACGGUGGCUUGGUCAUUGACCUGUCGCGCAUGAAACAAGUCACGGUGGACACCACACUAAAGACUAUCACGGUCCAAGGUGGCGCGACCUGGAAAGAGGUUGAUGAGGCCGGGGCAGCUCAUGGAUUGGCCGCUGUCGGGGGAACAGUGAAUCACACAGGCGUCGGGGGACUCACAUUGGGAGGAGGUUACGGAUGGUUGAGUGGCCAAUAUGGUCUCACCAUUGACAAUCUGCUAUCGGCGACCGUAGUCUUAGCCGAUGGCAGUAUUAAGAGAGCCUCGACGAGUGAAAAUCCCGACUUAUUCUGGGGGUUACGAGGUGCGGGCUACAAUUUUGGGGUUGUGGUGGACUUCACCUACCAGGCCUAUGAUCAGAGCGCGCCCGUGUUCUCGGGCGUCUUAGGAUUCUCCCCUGAAAAGCUGGAGAGAAUCAUUGAGCAGCUGAAUCUCUCUCUGGCGCAACCGGACGCGCGCUCCGGAGCCAUGUGCUUCUUUGCGCUGUCGCCCGAUGGCGCGCCAAUGAUUAUUGUCAUUUGCUUCUUUAACGGCACUCGCGAAGAAGGCCAGACACGAUUUGCUGGAUUAACCGUCCUCGAGCCACUGCUGAACACGCUUGAAAUGACCCCGUACGCGGUGGUCAACACCCUGCAAAAUCCUCAGGCAACGUACGGCGAUCGGAAAUCCUUCAAGGGAGUGUUCUUUGAGCCUCCAUUAGAUCCCCAAUUCGCCCGGGUUGUUUUCGAGGAUUUUAUGGUCAAAAUUCAAUCCGAUGCGGAUCUGAAGAGUUCUGCGAUCAUUCUGGAGUUCACUGAUAUGCGCAAGAUUUGCGAAGUGCCCCUGGACGCAACAGCGCUGGCCAGUCGCAGUUCAACUCAGAAUGGUAUUGUUUGUCUGAGAUGGACAGACGCCGCCAAGGACUUGGAGCACCGAACUUGGGCUCGCCAAGUGCAAUCCAAGUGGAAAUCCGAGUUGGAUGCCAGGGCCGGCCCAAGUGCACGAUCGAGUGUGCCUCAAUACAUCAACUACGCGGAGCCUGGUGAUGCUGCGGUGGCGAACAUUUACGGCGAGAAUCUUGGCCGAUUACAACAAGUCAAGGCCAAGUAUGAUCCCAAAAAUGUUUUCCACAAGAUGCAACCCAUUCCGAGUCCCUAG